CGUCGACCACAGUACUUUUUUCACGUUCACGUCACUUUUUCUGUCAUUCCAUUCAUCCACUGUUGCACAGGCCAGUUUAGCCGGUAUCGAAGUCGAACUUUGCGAUUUGGCAACUGAUGCUGAAAGAACUUGCAGUUAGAUUGUGUGCAUUACAGUUUAUUGUGAAAAUUUGUUAAAACCUCAGGUUUAUUUUGCUUUAAAAAAUGGCCGGUAACAGCAGAAAGUUAUUUAAAUACGUGACCGAUCUUAGCGGUUUGAAGGCAAGAAAUUAUGGCACUGCUAAGAGAGUUGUGGCGAAGAACCCAGUUGUUGAAAUGGAUGGUGAUGAGAUGACCCGCAUCAUUUGGUCCAUGAUUAAAGAAAAACUUAUAUUCCCCUAUGUUAAGUUGGACUGCCUUUACUAUGAUCUCGGCUUGCCCCACCGUGAUGCAACCGAUGACCAGGUCACCAUUGACGCAGCCCAUGCUAUCCUCAAGCACAAUGUUGGUAUCAAGUGCGCCACCAUUACUCCUGAUGAACAAAGAGUCGAAGAGUUUAAGUUGAAAAAGAUGUGGCUGAGUCCAAAUGGAACGAUACGUAACAUUUUGGGAGGUACUGUGUUCCGUGAACCCAUUCUUUGUAAGAGCAUCCCUCGAGUCGUGCCUGGCUGGACUCAGGCCAUGGUGAUCGGACGUCACGCCCACGGAGACCAGUACAAAGCACAAGACUUAGUCAUUCCAAAACCAGGAAAGGUGGAAUUGGUGUACACAGCAGAAGAUGGAACAGUGGAACGGCGGUCCCUGUAUGAUUUCAAAAGUCCAGGUGUCGCAAUGGCUAUGUACAACACUGAUGAAUCUAUCCGCGCCUUCGCUCAUUCUAGCUUCCAGGUGGCGUUACAGAAGAAAUGGCCUUUGUAUUUGUCAACUAAGAACACAAUUAUGAAGAAGUAUGAUGGCCGCUUCAAGGACAUUUUCGAAGAAAUUUAUCAAAGCGAUUACAAGAAGCAGUUCGAAGAUGCUAAAAUAUGGUACGAGCACCGUCUGAUUGAUGACAUGGUAGCCCAGGCCAUUAAGGGUUCCGGCGGGUUCGUGUGGGCCUGCAAAAACUAUGACGGUGAUGUGCAGUCCGAUGUCGUAGCUCAGGGGUACGGAUCCCUGGGAAUGAUGACGUCAGUGCUGAUGUGCCCCGACGGACGCACAGUAGAGUCGGAGGCGGCGCACGGCACCGUGACGAGACACUACCGCAUGCACCAGCAAGGCAAACCCACCUCAACCAACCCCGUGGCUUCUAUCUACGCCUGGACCAGGGGCUUGAUUCACCGCGCCAAACUCGACGACACACCCGAACUAGAACGAUUCGCACUCGCUCUUGAAGAUGCGUGUGUCGAGUGCAUUGACAGCGGUAAAAUGACUAAGGACUUGGUCAUCUGCAUCCACGGACUGAAGAAUACCAAAGAGGGCAUGUACUUACACACUGAAGACUUCCUACUUGCCAUCGCUGACCAGCUUGAGCGUAAACUAACCAAUUAAUUAACAAAGUCGUUUAGAAUAUUUGAGUCACUGCUAAUAAAGACAUUGAACAAUUUUGUCGAUAAUCGUCUUUAUAGCUGACUCUUUCGUAGUAAGAAUAAGUAAAUCAUCACAAAACAUCAAAUCGAUUUUUAGAUAUUUUUUUAUUAAUCAACG